CGCGAUUCCCGCUUGCGCCUGCGGAUCUGCGAAGGGAGCAUGGGGAGGGCGCCGCUCCUCUGCGCCGCGCUCGCGCUCGCCCUGGCCGCGGCCGGCGCCUUCCGAAGCGAUAAAUGCGGGGACACCAUCAAAAUCGAGAGCCCCGGGUACCUGACGUCCCCCGGCUACCCGCACUCCUACCACCCGAGCGAGAAGUGCGAGUGGCUGCUGCAGGCGCCCGACCCCUACCAGAGGAUCCUGAUCAACUUCAACCCCCACUUCGACCUGGAAGACCGCGACUGCAAGUACGACUACGUGGAGGUCAUCGACGGGGAGAGCGAGCACGGGCGUCCGGCGGGCAAGUUCUGCGGGAAGAUCGCCCCGUCGCCCGUCGUGUCCUCGGGGCCCUUCCUCUUCGUCAGGUUUGUCUCCGACUACGAGACGCACGGUGCAGGGUUCUCCAUCCGCUAUGAGAUUUACAAGAGAGGUCCUGAGUGCUCCCAGAACCACACGAGCCCCAGCGGCGUGAUUAAGUCCCCCGGGUUCCCCGAGAAAUAUCCCAACAGCCUGGAGUGCACUUACAUCAUCUUCGCUCCGAAGAUGUCGGAGAUCAUCCUGGAGUUCGAAAGCUUCGACCUGGAACCGGACUCCAACCCCCCCGGGGGGAUGUUCUGCCGCUACGACCGGCUGGAGAUCUGGGACGGCUUCCCCGACGUGGGCCCUCACAUCGGACGCUACUGCGGACAGAAAACGCCGGGCCGCAUCCGAGCCUCCUCGGGCAUCCUGUCCAUGGUGUUCUACACCGACAGCGCCAUUGCCAAGGAGGGCUUCUUGGCCAACUACAGCGUCCUGCAGGGCAGCAUCGCGGAAGAUUUCAAGUGCAUGGAAGCUCUGGGCAUGGAGUCAGGGGAGAUCCAUUCCGACCAGAUCACGGCCUCCUCCCAGUACAGCACCAACUGGUCUGCAGAGCGCUCCCGGCUGAACUACCCCGAGAACGGCUGGACACCCGGGGAGGACUCCUACCGAGAGUGGAUACAGGUGGACCUGGGCCUCCUGCGCUUUGUCACAGCUGUGGGGACACAGGGCGCCAUUUCCAAGGAGACCAAGAAGAGAUACUUCGUGAAGACCUACAGGGUAGAUGUCAGCUCCAACGGGGAGGACUGGAUCACCCUGAAGGAAGCAAAUAAAGCCCUGAUCUUCCAGGGGAACUCCAACCCCACCGACGUGGUGUUCGGCAUUUUCCCCAAACCGCUGAUAACACGGUUUGUUCGAAUCAAGCCCCUGACCUGGGAAACCGGCAUCUCCAUGCGGUUUGAGGUCUACGGCUGCAAGAUAACAGAUUACCCCUGCUCCGGGAUGCUGGGCCUCGUGUCCGGGCUCAUUUCCGACUCCCAGAUCACAGCAUCCAACCAGGGGGACCGGAACUGGAUGCCUGAGAACGUGCGCCUGGUGACCAGCCGCUCUGGCUGGGCCCUGCCACCAGCCCUCCACCCCUACACCAACGAGUGGCUCCAGGUGGACCUGGGCGAGGAGAAGGUGGUGAGGGGUGUCAUCGUGCAGGGCGGCAAGCACCGGGAGAACAAGGUGUUCAUGAAGAAGUUCAAGAUCGGGCACAGCCAUAACGGCUCUGACUGGAGGAUGAUCACAGAUGACAGCAAACGCAAGGCCAAGUCUUUCGAGGGCAACAGCAACUACGACACACCCGAGCUGCGGACCUUCCCGCCAGUGUCCACGCGGUUCAUCAGGAUCUACCCUGAGAGGGCCACGCACGGCGGCCUGGGGCUGCGCAUGGAGCUGCUGGGCUGCGAGCUGGAAGUGCCCACAGCGGGGCCAACCACCCCUAACGGGAACCCCAUGGAUGAGUGUGACGACGACCAGGCCACCUGCCAUAGCGGCACGGGGGAUGACCUCCAGCUCACAGGUGGCACCACUGUACUGACCACGGAGAAGCCGACGGUGAUAGACAGCACCAUGCAAUCAGAGUUCCCCACGUACGGAUUCAACUGCGAGUUCGGCUGGGGCUCACACAAGACCUUCUGUCGCUGGGAGCAUGACAGCCACGUGCAGCUCCGGUGGAGUGUACUGACCAGCAAGACCGGGCCCAUCCAGGACCACACAGGAGACGGCAACUUCAUCUACUCCCAGGCCGACGAGAACCAGAAGGGCAAGGUGGCCCGGCUGGUGAGCCCCGUGGUGUCCUCGCAGAGCAGUGCCCACUGCAUGACCUUCUGGUACCACAUGUCCGGCUCCCACGUGGGCACACUGAGGGUCAAGCUGCGCUACCAGAAGCCGGAGGAGUACGACCAGCUGGUCUGGAUGGCCAUCGGGCACCAAGGAGACCACUGGAAGGAGGGCCGCGUGCUGCUGCACAAGUCCCUGAAGCUUUACCAGGUGAUUUUUGAGGGUGAAAUUGGCAAAGGAAACCUGGGUGGGAUUGCCGUGGAUGACAUCAGUAUCAACAACCACAUCUCCCCAGAGGACUGUGCAAAACCAGCAGACCUGGACAGAAAGAACCCAGAAAUUACAAUUGAUGAAACAGGCAGCACCCCAGGUUACGAAGGCGAAGGGGAAGGAGACAGGAACAUCUCCCGGAAGCCAGGUAGCGUGCUGAAGACCCUGGACCCCAUCCUCAUCACGAUCAUCGCCAUGAGCGCUCUGGGGGUGCUGCUGGGCGCCGUGUGUGGGGUGGUGCUGUACUGUGCCUGCUGGCACAACGGCAUGUCGGACAGGAACUUGUCUGCCCUGGAGAACUACAACUUUGAGCUCGUCGACGGCGUGAAGUUGAAAAAGGACAAGCUGAACACGCAGAGCAGUUACUCAGAGGCGUGAAAGCAGGCAGGCGGCGAGGCAAGUUGAAGAGUCUAAAGCCGGAGUGGAGGACAGGGCUCGGCACUCCGUGUGGCUGGGAGGCGCGUGGACGUGGACGCUGAGCCAGGCUCUUCUCAGGAGCUGCCAUGAGUGUGACCGGCAGACAGGAGCAAGGAGCACGCUCCCUCGCGGCUGUGUACAGUCGGGCAUCACGUGCUUGGAGUUGACACCAGGUGUGACUGGCCUAACCACUCACUGCAGCUCCCCUCCCCGCUCUCUCCUCCCUGUCGUGUGCACUCUCGGAAACUGCAGAAUCCGCCGUGCAGUGGGCUCUGUGAUGGAUGUGCCACCUGACGUAGCCCAGUGCCCAGAACACAAAACAGCUGCGUUUCCGGGGACCCCUGAAGCCGUCCCUGUGUGUCGUCGCCCACGUCGCGUGUGGGCCGCGAGGGGUCAGGACGUCUGGUUGUAAAGGUAGCCUCAGUCCCAGGCUAGCGUGUGAGCUCUCCUUACGAAGCAAUACCCUCAGCCCCUCUGCACCCCCACCCCCAGUGCUCGUGAGCUCCGCGGACAGAACUGCGCAUCGCACUCCGCCGCCGGCAGCCGGGCACACCGCCAACGGCCACGCCCAGUCCUUGGCACUGGCUAGUCCUGCAUCCUUCAAGUGCCUUUCGUUUGACCUGGUCCAUCGUGUUCCAUGGGCGACCCACUCUGGUUCCCACCCGGGAGCCCCGCUCCGAACUCCAACCCUGGCACCUGCGGCCCAAACAGAAGGGAUCUCUCAGUGCGAGGCGCCGGCCCCGGGAAGGCAAGGGCUCUGAGAUGGCAGUGUGGCUUGACCGGUCUGCUUCUCCUGUGGUUCAACCCCGUGUCUCGAUGCUUUUGUAUAAAGCUGCAAUACUCCUCCUGUUCUUUCAUAUGGAAUGUAUUUUCAAAUGUAAACUAUUGCUCUCUCUCUCUCUCUCUCUCUCUCUUGCUCUCUCUCUCUCUCUUGCUCUGUUUCUUUCUCCUAGAAUUUAAGCAUUUGCCGUUGUCCAGGAAAAAAAAAAACUUGCAGCUUUAACCUGCUGGGAAUGGCAAACGAUUUUACUAGACUUUAUGUUUAAAAGUAAAUAAAUAAGGGAAAUUCCUAACUUUGCCCUCCAAAGUCUAACUUUGGUUUUCUUGUUAACUGGUUAAAGUGACAGUAUCCUUUUUCCUUAAGCCAGUUGUCUGCCCCAAUCAGAACACUCUUCCAUAGACAUGUUUGCAUUUAUUAGAAAUGGCGGUAACCCGAAGGAGGAAAUAACACUGACUGGCUUUCCAGUGAGACCCAGAGGAUGGACGGAAUAAAAUCUUGAGAAUAUCUAAAAACGUGAGAUGUGCAGAAAUGCCAUGAGCACCCAGUGUACAGACGGGGGUGGGGAGCAGCAGCAGCAGGACACCUGGCAGGGGGGCAGCUUAAGGAAGGAGCAGGGGGAACAGACGUCCAGCCGGAUGUGUAGCCCGAGCUACUGGGCCACAGCCCUGAAAGGGUACACGUGACUGAUGCUUCCUGAAACUUCAGACAGCUGGCUCUGGGGGCUGGCCCCACCUCCCCCUCCAGCGGCCAUGCUGUGCAGGAUGGAAGUGCCCACUUCCUCUGGCAGCAACACUGCAGGUCGCCCUCCCUCCCCACCCCCCCAGUCCUUUGGCUGAGCGACAUCUGCAUCACAGACCCCGGUCCAUGCACCUAGGUUUACUGGGAUGCAGAACGCCGCCGUUUGCUUCCAGGAAAGUAUUGAUCACCAGGAAUGAACAGCUUCUGUCCACAGAAGCGUUUGUUCAGCCAUAACACUGAGUCACACCUGAUUUUUUUUUUUUAAAGGCAACAGACAUAAAUUGUCCUCAGCCGAGGAAAAAUGAUACUGCAACUUUAAAUUUUAAAGUAUCUUGCACUGAUAAAUAUAUUUAAAAAUUAUAUGUUUAUAAAGUUAUUAAUUUGUAAAGGCAGUGUUACAGAAUGUUCAGUUUAUAUUGUUUUAGAUUGUUUCGUAAUUUUAAAGGUGUAAAAUAACAUAUUUUUUCUUUAUUGAGAUCUAUAGAACUUUCUGUAGUAAAAUGUUUUCAUUUUACUGGUAUAUUAUUGCUUCAUGUUUUGUACCAUCAUAAAAAUUUGUGCAGAUUUUUUUUACAGAAAUUUUUAUUUUCUAUGAUAAUAUGACACUUGUAAAAUGAACAGCAAAGCCUUAACUUUAACUGAUGUUUGUAUUCUCAGACACUGAGCAGCAUAAAACCACACAGGACUGAACUGUAACCUGAACUCCAAACUAUGACUACUACAUUCCAAAGAAACAGCCGAAUUAAACGUUUUCAUAAAAUA